AUGGUCCAGGACGUGGGCGGGACUCUUCCCAAGGGACUCAGUGUUGAGGGGAAGGCGGCCCAGCAUCCAAGCCCAUCAGCCACAUCUAAGUCGGCCGGUACCCUCCCCGCUCUGCUCUGCUCUGCUCCUGGACUUAAACUCCAUCGGCUGCCAGUCCUAAAGGAUCACCCUGCUCUUGACAGUCUGAUGUUGGCAGUCUCUUUUCUUAUGCUCACUGUAAUGGAGUUGUUCAUCAUCAUUGCUUUUUAUCUCCUAAUGGAGGUUCACACUAAUAAGUUCCCUAACGUAAAAGUGUCUCCAGAUGUCCUAACAGUGUUAAGGUCAGUGCAGUUGACCUGUGAGACUCCACCUGAUGUUACAGUGAAACAGUGUUAUUUUAACACACAGAUGCAAACUGAAACAAAUGUCAGCCCAUCAUGUCUGCUCGUCCUCACUGGGGCUGAAGUGCUCUUAUGGACAGAUAAAAAAUCACCUGUAUCACUCGACAUUACUUGCUUCUACACAGUAAACGAGGGUGGGAUUGAUAAACCAUCAUCACACUCUCCUCCCGCCACAGUGACAGUUCUAGAUGCACUUCAGAAACCCAUCAUGAGUAUUGAUGACAGUACUGCUCAGAUCUUGAUUGCAUGUGAAAUAUCACUUUCUGUCGAUGCUGCUUUAACCUGUAAUCUCUACACUGAGGAUACUGCUCUGGCAUUCAAAAGUUUUUCUCUGAGGCGACAGACUGGAGAGCACUGUGUGUUCUAUUUAAGUCAUAGUGAAUUAUUCAAAAGAACAGUGUCCAGCAGACAGCUAAGUUGUGAUUAUUCACUCAACACAGAGCCUGUAGAAAGAUCACCACGCAGUGACGUAUACACCAUCAGAGGUCUUUCUCAGGCCAAGUUAACAGAGUCUGCUUCAGUAAUUAAUGAAAGAGAAACAGUGCAGCUGAACUGUAAGAAAACUGAGGAUCAGAAAAUGGAGAUAGAGAAGUGUAUCUUCAACAUUAAUGGCAGAGAAAAUAACAUGAAACAGAACACAUCAUGUCAGCUGUCACUCACUGGCUCUGAGAUCAUUAUUUGGUCAGAAGAACAGAGGUCAACUGUGAACAUAACCUGCUUUUACAGUGUGAAGAAAUCACAAGUUCUCAUACCAUCUCCUCACUCUGAUCCAGUCUCAGUAAGAGUCCUGAUUUCAACACCAUCUACUGCACGUGCUGCUAAAAUGGCAAUGACAACUUUUUUAACACCAUCUACUGCACAUGCUACUACAAUGGCAAUGAAAAAUUUACGAACACCAACUACCACUGCUCAUGCUACUUUAACAGCAGUGAAAACUUAUUUCCAUCCCAAGGCAACCAUACCAACAAACUUAAAAAAGGGUACCACAAUUAACAAUCCAAAAUCUACACAGCCUGCUAUCAAAACAACAUCAAAACCUUCUGUUCCUCACACCACUCACAUUUUAGCGAGUCCUAAAGGCACAUGGAUUAUGGUGAUUUCCACUGGUGUAGGUUUAUUUAUAUCUGGACUCAUUGGGCUUAUCUGUUUAUGCUCAAGUAAAAAAAGAACUGCGUGCCCUCAGGUAAAUUUUGACAGUCAUGCAAUUGCAGGAGAUAAGAAUGGUUCUGGAACUGCAGAGGCAUAUUCUUUGAUCAUUUGUGUACCAGCCACAUCUCAGCCCACAGUUGCUUUGGUUAGCAAACAACAGAAAGAGGGAAGUGCUGAGGAGAAUGAGAAUGUUUACCACAUGUACUGCACCAUCCCUGACACAGCAGUUAACUCCAAUACAGGCGAUCAAGUCUACAGUUUGGCGAAGAUGAACUGAUGUGCUGUUUUUUAGUAUGUAUUUGUUAUUCGCACAGAGAUUGGACAGGGUUUGCAUAUUCCUGGUGCCAAUUUUGAGGGUGUUGCUCUCAAACUAGUGCCACCAAAAACGUUUGUUUUGCUUUCUGUUAACAACUUUUAUACUUUUUAGCCUACAAAUGUAUUUUCCUUUGAUACUUUGGGCCAUGUUGAUUUUUUUCAACCUGGUUGUGGCAAUUCAACAAGCCUCAUAAAGUCUGACACCAAAUGGAUUUUUGAUUUUCAGAACACCCAUGAAUAGUCAUGCUUUUUUCCUUGAGUAUUAUGGAAUACUAUUUACCAGUACCAAAUAUCAAGGUCCACCAUAAGACUUUCAACCAUUUUUUUUUUUUUUUACUUUAUUAUUAUUAUUAUUGUUAUCAUUAUUAACAAAUCUAGGCCAAAUGAUCUUCUGAAACUGGAAAACAUUUGUUUUUGAUUUUGAUAGUAUCACACCAAUAAAUUUAACAGUGAGGGUGGCAAACAUGAUUCAAGGCAUCUCUAGGCUAUUCUUUUGCCUAUUGAAAUAAGUCUUUAGGAUGUGAGUAUUGCUAUGUUAUUCAUGCGUUUAUUUCAUCUAGAAUGGACUACUGUAAUUCUUUAUAUUUGGGAAUAUCAAAUGCUUCACUAUCACGUUUACAGUUAAUGCAAUAUGCAGCGGCUAGACUCCUGACUGGCACCAGGAAGUAUACUAGUAUCUCUCCAUUUUUAGCCUCUUUGCAUUGGCUUCCAGUCAGAUACAGAGUUCAAUUCAAGGUACUUUUAAUGGUUUUUUAAGGAUUUACAUGGACUUGCACUAGAUUAAAUUUCAGAGCUCUUACAUCAACAUCAAACCACUAGACCUUUAAGAUCUUCACAGAGCCUGCUUUUAAGUGUCCAUAAAUCCCGUUUGAAAACCAAAGGGGAUCGUGCCUUCUCUGUUGCAGCCAAUCGCCUUUAUAUAGUCUGCCGAUUCAUAUUAGAUAGCAUUGAGUCUUUUAAGCCUCAGUUGAAGACUCAUCUUCACUCUAUUGCUUAUAACUGUUCUUAGAUUUACUGUUAUUGUUUUGGCUUAUAUUGUGCAUGUUUUAAUUGUGACUGUAUUUUAAAUUUUGUUAGUGUAAAGCAUUUUGGUCAACAUAUGUUGUUUUUAAAUGUGCUAUACAAAUAAAUAUGAUUGAUUGAUUGACUAAAGAAUGUCCUACAUUAAAUUCUCUGGAUCAUUCUUAGUGCCACCGGAAUAAUAAAAAUUAUAAUAAUCUAAAUUGGAAUAUUUUCAAUAAUCAGGUUGCUG